AUGCUAGGGUAUUGUUCGGAGCGUGACUGUGGACUUCCUCCGAACAUUCCACAAGCCAAACUGGUCUACAAUUCCACAACAUUUGGCAGUCGUGCUGUUUUCCACUGUGCGCCAGAUACCACACCAUCCAUAACCGAGCCGACAUUGAUCUGUGGAUCCGCGAACAAUCACACUGUCUGGUUGCCCAGACCCACACCUCGAUGUAACCGUCAUUGUUACCUGUUUACCGUGGAUCAAGGUGAUGUGGUUUUGAUGCAUAAACCGAACACCAGCGAGCAAGUCCUGAUCCCAAUCACAGCGGAUUCCUACGAGAGCUUCACUAAACUGGACACACGAGGCUCUUUACCGUCCACUGACGGAAUUAUAUUACCCGGGAGUAGAGUGCGUCACAAUGCCCAACUGAAUGUGAGCUGCCAUUCCGGUUAUCAGUUGGCUCAGCUCAAAAUGUCUGUUACCACGUGCAAAGAUGGUGUGUGGAGUAUUCGAAGCAAGUGCGUUCCAGCAUCAUGUGCCAAACGUCCGCCGGGCACCCGAGGCGCCCGUGUUCGCUUCUACAGCCGAUUACACAAUGCCAAAGCACGUUACGAAUGCUUUCCCGGAUAUAAGCUACAAGUUGACUUACAGGUUGGGAAAAUCCGUCGAUCCAGUCCGGUAAACGACCCGCUGGGGACCAUUCGAUGUCUUCAUGGCGAGUGGGUCGGUACUGCAGUCUACUGCGAACCUACUCGAUGCCCGCGGCUGGUUGUUGAUAAAAUGAUGAGCAUUGAAAUGAAACCGAACGCUCAACACACCGCGGAACAACAAUUCAACAAUGAAGCCAUUCAAGGAACACAGGCAUUUCUUCACUGCCCAAAAGGAUAUCACAUCCAAGGACCGUCGGUUGUUGUAUGCCAUGAAGGUCAAUGGGUGCCGUCCACGGACGCUCGAUGUGAAAAAACCAUUUACCCAAUUCUGCCCAUGGACUGGCUUUAUCGAUUACCAUAA